AUGGAAACUCCGCAAUCAUCCCCAGCACCAAAAUUAUCCCAACACCCCGAUCAUGCUUGCCCUCCCCGACGCAUAAGUCCCUGUUUCCGAAUGGAAAACCCAGAUGGUUCAUACACCUACUUGAGAGUAUGUGAGGACUCCGCAUUUGAGGAUGAGACACCCAGAAUACGCGUCCCAAGCACCAUUCCUAAUGACAUACAAAACCUGGAUUCUGGAUUGCCUUCCUAUAAUUGGACUCCACGAGAUGAUCAAUCCCCUAUCGGUCUAUAUGAAUUUCGGGAUGAUCGUCACACUGGUCAAAAUGACAAGGGGAAGAGUGUACCAUCGCCGCCACCCUCCUCUUCAUCCGACAACCUCAAUUCCCCGAUGGAAAAGGAAAUCAACGACAUUCCCAUCAGCGACAUAAACCUAGUAGCCGACGAACUCCACGAGAGAAUCAAUUCACUCGAAGAAGAUAUUGCAGAACUGGUAAAUCUCACUGCAUACUGUCUCUGCAGUUGCCAUGGAUUGAUUCCAGGUCGUCCUGUAACGCCACAGCUAGAGAAUAUCCGUCAAAGAAGUCAACCGAGAUCAUUUUCAAAUCCAAAAAAUGAUCGGGAUGAAAGAGGCGGCCCUGGACCUUCCACAUCAGUGCUAGAGGAGAGAACUCGGGGUGUGGAGGACUCUUUGAGACGGAUUGCGUUAAGCUUGAGGGGAUUGGAUCUUAGUGAUAAUCGGAAUUUUCAUACUCUUCUUGAACGCAAUGAGGAUCUGGGGCGUCGGCUCUAG